CCCCGCUCAUCCCACUUCCCCAUACACAUCACUCUUAGGGUUUCUCAAACACUCUUCUCUCCCUCACCACCUCAAUCGCAGGAGAUAGAGAAACAAAAUGAAAGAACGCAAGAGUGAGAUACAGAGAGAUAAAUCUGAGUUUGAUGGUGCUACAGUCGCUCCGGCACGGUGAAGUCGAAUUGAACAGGCGAAUGACAGUGGUAAUGAAUCAGUUACAGCCUUCCAUGCGGUGGUGGUCCUCAAGAGCCACAUAAACAUCGUCUAUGGUUCAAAGGUUAAAACCAGGAGGAAGACGAUGACAGGAAAACCUAGCCUCCGCCUCCGGUGAUGGUGGCUAGGGUUUCGGUGAAGACUUUGACGAAGCUCCGUUACAGCUUCCCGAAAAUGGUUCUGCCACCUAAGACCACAACCAUCAUCUCAGAUUGAAUGAAGAGAUUGCGCCUAGAGAAAAGCAUGGGAAUGUUUUUCUGAGGGGGAUCAGGAUAGUUGGGUUUCGGCUUACUACGCGUCGGUGAUUCUUACAAGAGGAAAUGGAACGAAAGUCAAUGGCAGAUCAAAUUGAGAAAAUGGGAAUCAAGAUAGAAAACCAACAAAAGCAAUUUGAGGAAUUGCAAACUCAAUUUAACGCCAAAGUAGAAGAGUGCUCUGAUUUGAGCUGCAAACUUGAAUUUACAGAGACCACAUUGAACCAAACCAAUAAGGUGUUGGCUAAUACCGAGGAAACGCUGAAGAAGUGUAAGUAUGCUCUCAAGGAGCGAGAUUUCAUCAUACAAGAACAGAAAAAAGCAGAAAGUGCAUUGGCACAUCAAGCAUGUGUUCUUCGGGCUAACUUAGAAAAAUCUCUUCAGGACAAUGCAUCAUUGUUUUCGAAAAUUGGUAUGCAUUCUCUCUUGUGAAAAUAGUAUUUUAACCCCGUGCGUUGUGGUGACAGUUUGGUUAUUAGUGUCUGAGAGUCUAUUUCUGGUCCAUACAACCUUUAAUUUGGUUUUCAAAGAUUUAGACUAUUAUUGAAGAUAGUUAAAGGAACAGAUUGAAUAAAGAUCCUAUUUUGUUUUAUUCAACGAUUUAGACUUUUGUUGGAUUCCAACAACGAGAAAAGGAUUCUGAGCCUAAAUGUCCAUCUACUGGUUGAUUAUUUUGAGGCAAAUGGAAGGAGAGUUUGCACUGGAUAUCGAAGUGUUUUGGUUGAACGGAAUUCCUUCACAUCUCUGGUUAAAGAUCGUCUUUUGGGUAUUAAUAAUCUUAAAUCAAAGCUGCUAUCACCAGCUUUGCAGUCCGCAUUUGCCAGGUAAUAAAUGAUAUAUUAAUUUAUAACCAAAUGUCAGUUUUGACUUGUUUGCUUAGAGAUGAAAAUCCCAAAUGGGUCAAACUGUAUUUUUUUGAAGGAAACGGGCCGACGAUUGCUCAAAUUGUAUUUUUUGAUUUGUAAAAUCUUAAUGACUCAUUUUAAAUGGGUCUACAUAUUCCCACACCUUAAUGCCUAUUUCCACACCCUUGAAGACGCCUCGUAUAGACCUAUACGAGGCGUAUAGGGUUUCUUUUCCCGACCAGCUUCUCCAUCUCGUACAACGUCACAUCAAUCACAUCAGACGGGGAGUCUAGGCCUGUACGAGGGACCAAUACGAGGAUACUUCGACGCCUCGUAUAGGUCUAUACGAGGCGUCUUGCUGACUGAUUUGACUAUGAUGAGACUAUGUGUCUGACAUGACUUAAAGGCAUACGGGGAGUAAAGAGCUAUACGAGGCGUCUAUAUCUCACAUAAAAUGCAACAUACAGUGCAUUCUUGGUCCACACCCGAGCAUUCAACAAACACUCACAUUCACACAUUCUGUUUGGUCCACACUCGAGCAUUCAACAAACACUCACAUUCACACAUUCUGUUUCUUCUUGUAUUUAUUCGAAAGACACUCUUGUUGUUUGUAUUUGCGUUCUUAUCAUCCCGGAGUGUUGAAAUGUCAUCAUAUUGGGACGACAACUAUAUAUUUGGGCAGUAUUCUAGCGAAAACUGGGGGCUCGAAAGCGUUCCGGAGUCUGGCGUUCCCGAUUCUAAUGAGCAAGAGGAGGUUGUGUCUAGUAUACAAGAAAAACAAAACAACCCGUUUCUAGAUUUGAACAAGCAUCCUCCUGUUGAUGAAACAGCCCCUGUAGAUGACUCAUACCAUGCUAGUGGAUACGGAGGAGACGGUGGAUACGGAGGAGACCAUGGAUACGGAGGAGACGGUAGAUACGGAGGAGACGGUGGAUUCGGAGGAGACGGUGGAUACGGAGGAGACCGUGGAUACGGAGGAGACGGUGGAUACGGAGGAGACAGUGGAUAUGGUGGAUAUGGUGGAUACAGUGGAUACGGUGGAUACGGAAGAGACGGUGAUCAUCAGCAAUUCAUUUCCCCGGGCACUCCUUACGUUCAUCAAAACAAUCCGGACGUUGGAGGAUAUGGUGGUUAUGGUGGAUAUGGUAGAUAUGGUGGUGAGGCACCUCCCAUCCUGGACAAUCCAUACUUAAAAAAACAGGUUUUCAACUCUUUAGAUGAACUAAAGAAACGGAUACAAGAAAUAGCAAACGCGGAUGGUUUCGUUAUUGUCACCCGUCGAUCAAUGAAAAUCAGGGGAAGAACCGGGAGGGUAUGGCUUGAAUGUGAUCGUGGUGGUGAGCACCAGAGUACAGCAACACUUAGAAAAGCUGGAAGCAAAAAAACCGGUUGCCCGUUUUACCUGCUGGCUGUCCGAAACCACCCGUAUGAAACCUGGGAGAUAAAAGACGGAACAAUUGAACAUAACCACGAACUUUGUGAGGACCUGUGGGCCCACGCGUUUGUGCGAAGGUUUACUCCAAGCGUAAUGAAACUGAUCAAGCAGCUGACAGCUCAAAACAUGGAGCCAUGCAAAAUAUUUCAAACGAUAAGGAAGCAGGACCCCAACAGGUUUCAUGUUCAGAAAGACGUUCAAAACAUUGUAGCGAAGAUUAGAGCCGAACAAAGACAAGGAUUGACUCCCAUGCAGUCACUAGAAAACGUGUUGAUAAACAACGACUUUAUUUACGAGACACGGGAGGAACCCGGAACAGAGAUCGUAACAGAGAUCUUCUUUCUUCAUCGGGACUCGAGAGUCAUGUGGCGUGCAUUCCCCCACGUCAUGCUGAUCGAUGCGACGUACAAGACAAACAUAUACAAUAUUGCCUUUAUCCAGAUUGUUGGUAUGACGCCUACCAACAAAUCGUUUAUUAUCGCGCAUGCCGUUGUUAGUAAAGAACGGGGUGAUAACUUUGUGUGGGUGCUUGAGAGGGUUAAGUCAAUGUUGGAUGAAUGUAUGGAGCCACGUGUGAUUUUAACGGAUAGAGACCUAGCCCUUAUGGGCGCGUGUGCUAAAGUAUUUCCGGACGCCUCCAGGCUUCUUUGCAGGUGGCACAUACAACAGAAUGUUAUGAAGCACUACAAGGGUGCCUUCACAGAUGAAGACCGGAAGAAAUUUUUGUCAUUCUGGGGGACACUGAUUGAGUCUCCAUCCAUACCCAUCUACGAGUACCACUUGCGCAACAUGCGAAAGCGACUUGUGCAGUGCAAACGUUCUAGAGUCUUCAAAUACGUGUACGAUAACUGGCUAAAAGACUAUAAGGAGAUGUUCGUCUUUGCGUGGACUGAUAAAAGGCGCAACUUUGGUAAUCGUACCACAAACAGAGUUGAGAGCCAACACGCCAACUUAAAGAGAUACGUCCUAGAUAGGAGCUCGCUGGACCGUGUUGUUGGUUGUGUCCGGGAUAUAGUUGAGACACAGUUCGGUGAAAUAAGGAAGACUUUUCGAGAAAGCAUCGAAAAAACAAUGAAACACCACAAACACCCGAUGUUUCAACACCUACUUGGAAAAGUAUCCCAUUUAGCCCUUGACUUGUUGCAUGGAGAGGCAAUUAGGAAGCUAGAUGUCUUGGAGCGCUUUCAUUCAUCAUGUGGUUCCAAAUGUGGCACAGCUGUGGGUUGCCCUGUGCUUGUAGGAUAGAAAAGUACAUGCGUGAAGAGCGUCCGAUUCAACUCGAAGACAUAGACGUCUUCUGGCGGAAACUUAACUUCCAAAGUUGUAAAUUGAUAGACGAUGACGUUGACGUCGUCGAAGAGCUAAAUAUUGUUAGACAACAAUUAGAGUCACACCCCCCAGCUCAGCAAAAAAGCCUGAUGUCAAAGAUUAAAGCGGUGUUGACUCCAAAGAAAUCUACCAAGAAAUCACCGGUUGUCCAACAAAAUACUCGUGGCCGACCAACAACAAAGCAGGUACAAGAAAGGUUGGACGAGGCCUCUCGUAUAGAUGAAGAAUUGAGGAGAAGCUCCUUGGGUGAUGCAAACACGUGCUUUGAAGGUUCACGACAAAGUAAGUACAAUAAACCUCGCCACAACUCGUACAUUCCGUCACAGGCCUCUCAACAGUCGGUUAUAAGGUCCCAAAAACCCAAAGCGAGCCUAAGUCGUUCAAAGAGUUCUAAGAAGAAAGAGACAGGAGGUGAUCACGGUUUUCCUUUAAUCAUUGGGGACGAGUACAUGGGAAUCAUCGAACGGUUUAAGUCUGCCAUUCCGCCAGUGUUCCAUCCGUACGUCUCGUGCAUACGAGAUGUGAUGCCGGACGAUCAUUGUGGGUUUCGGUCUGUGGCUGUGGGCUUAGGUAUGGAUCAGAGUUCAUGGGAGCUCAUUCGAAGGGACCUUGUCCAAGAAAUGGAUCAGAACGAAUCGAUCUGGUUCCCAAUAUUUGAAGCAUGGGAAGAAGGUUAUUUUUACACGCAUCGUCAGGGCCUAAUUUGGGAUUCAGUGGCCGGUUGUGGGGAGGAUCACUGGAUGGACUUCCCCUUAGCAGGAGUUCUUAUUGCACAAACGUACGGUAUCGGGGUGCACCUGUUAACGACAACCAUGGGUGCAAGUUCCACUUACUUCCCAAUACUAAGUCCUCCGGCUAAUCAACAACCAUUAUUCAUUACGCUUACACAUGUUAACGAGAACCACUUCAUACAUGUUAAGCUGGAAGGGGAUUAUCCUAUGCCACCAGCAAACGGGCUAUGGUUGACCCACCGAAGACCCCAUACGGAACAAUGGGAAGAUAUGUACUUGCCACGUCUAGAAUGGUAUACAUCGAUAAUGAAUCCUCCGCCAAGAUCAAACCCCAGUCUUAAUUACAUAGAUAGUUAUACGGAAGAAUGAUUUUUGUAAUUAAUAGUAUUUUUUGUAAUUAAUAGUAUUUUUUUGUAAUUAAUAGUAUUUUUUGUAAUUAAUAGUAUUUUUUGUAAUUAACAGUAUUUUUUUGUAAUUAAUAGUAUUUUUUGUAAUUAAUAGUAUUUU